CCACAACUUCCUGUGGAAGAAUGAAAGGACACGCCCAGCCCUCAUUCCAGCCUGAACACCGAGUACAGAGAAUAUGUGUUCUAUUCUGAUGUAUUUACAGUUUUAAGAGAUCUAAUGAGAGCCUGGCUUGUCACCUACAGCAGCUAUAAUGAUCCACCAGGGCAGGUUUCUGCUCACUCGUUUUGUUGGCAGCUGGAAACAGUUAUUUACAGGGCAGACCUUGCUGAUCACUAACACUGUGAGUGCGGGGGUGCUUCUGUCCACUGGUGAUGCAAUUCAACAGACAUGGGAAAUGAGAAGAAAUAAGGAAAAAAAGCGAGAUUGGCUACGAACAGGCAGGAUGUUUGCAAUUGGGUGCUGUCUUGGUCCUGUUGACCAUUAUUGGUAUGUUUUCCUGGAUCGAAUACUCCCAGGCGCAACAGUGCGUGUGGUUUUAAAGAAGGUCCUGGUUGAACAAAUUGUGGCCUCUCCUAUUCUUGGAACCAUGUUUUUUAUGGGAACCGGUUUAAUGGAAGGACAUAGUGUGGAGGAAAGCUGGGUAGAGUUUAAGGGAAAAUUUUGGGAAAUGUACAAGGUUGAAUGGUGUGUGUGGCCGCCUGCUCAAAUAAUCAACUUCUACUUCCUUCCUACCAAGUACAGAGUGAUGUAUGUUAAUUUUGUAACACUGGCAUGGGACAUCUAUCUGUGCUACCUAAAACACAAGAAUCCAGUAACCCAUGAAACACCAGCUAAGUCGGAAGAGGUUUUAAAUGACCCUGUAUCAUUAGCAAAUCCAGUCCAAAAUUUUUAACAACAUUGGACAAUCAAUAGGACAUUUGUCUAAGGGCUCUGGCACACGGGGAGAUUAGUCGCCCGCGACAAAUUUCCCUGUUCG